GAAGUAUUUGAUGCAAAAAAUGAAGACAUUGUUGACAUUUAUCACCAUAGUUGUAGUGUAGGGGUUUUAAUUAAAUAAAUAGAGAAAAUGUUAAUGUUAAAUUUAAUACAAUCAAGAUCUGAUUUUACUUACUAUUCUUGGAAUUAUUCAGGAUGCUAUACACAAAGCACCUAUCUUCUUGUGAUGUGCCUAAAGUUGAUUUUUAUUAAAUUAAAUUCCUCUUCAGAGUACGUCUAUGGUUACCAAAACAAACAAAUUUUGACAAAUUAUUUCAACUCCAAGUACAAUGUAUGAAUAAUGUGUUAUUUAAUUUAUUCAAAAUACGAAUUAGAAAUGUUUGAAAUCUUUUAGCAUUCAUUAAAAAAGCACCUAAUACUCUCUACAUUUCAAAAAUGAACAGUGUAAAUGAAGAAGUUUUAACCACUGAAUCAAUUCCAUUAGCAAACAGAAAUGGAUUUGAAACCUUCCUAGUAAUAAUGCCCAGUCUGUUUUACACAUUAAUCACUGUAUUUAUAGAAACACAUUUCCAAUUGAAAAAGAAUGUUUGUUUAAUGUUGGAAAUGUGUUUAAUAAUAUUACCUGAAAUCUUAGGCAUGACUUUAUUAUCAGAAUAUCCCGGUAUGAUAUUGUAUACAAUGUUACUAAUUAGUAUGUUUCUUCUUACAUGGUUUUAUCAUAAGACAAUGAAGUUAAGAAAAAAUAUCGUUUUUGAUAGUAAAUUUAUUACAAAUAGUCGUUCUACUAUAAAUGUUUUAGCUGUGAUAGCGAUUUUAGCUGUAGAUUUCGAUGCUUUUCCAUCUAGAUUCGCUAAAACUGAAUCGCUAGGUUACAGUUUGAUGGAUACAGGAGUUGGAUUAUACGUAUUUGCAAAUGGGAUUGUAUCACCAGAAUCACGGGGGGUUAGAAAUCCAAUUACUAGAUCGAUUAAAGGAUCCUUAGCCCUCCUAAUUAUAGGCAUAGGUAGAUUCAUUUUGCUACGGAUUUUCCAUUACCAUGUCCCAGCGUCUGAAUAUGGAGUGCAUUGGAACUUCUUUAUAACUUUAGGGGUGACGAAAGUGUUUACAUCAUUUUUCUUAAAUGUGUUUAACGUUAAGCAUAUGUAUAUGAAUGCUCUAAUGCUUCUUAUGGCACAUGAAAUGCUGUUAGAAAGCGGUUUGAAGCAAUUCGUCUUCGAAGAUUCCCCUAGAGAUAAUUUUUUUAAAGCCAAUAAGGAGGGAAUUGUUUCUUCAUUGGGCUUCGUUGUUUUGUAUCUGUUUUCUGUUUAUUUUGGGUAUAUACUUAACAUAAAAGAUAAGAAUCAAUCUGUUUUCAAGGUGUUUAGAAAACAUUUGAUAGCAGUGUGUUUGUCUCUGUGUUUUUCUGUGGUUUUCCAGCAUUGUUUUGGAAUAUCUAGACGUUUAGCGAAUGGGGCUUAUAUAGGUUGGAUUCUGUUUUUGGGUAUUUUUUGUCAGACGAUUUUUUAUCUGGUUCAGGUGUGCCAAAAAGCCUUUUUUCGCACCGAUAUUGUACAAGUACCUUACAUUAACGAAGCAGUGAACUACAAUGGAUUGGUAUUUUUUCUAGUCGCCAAUGUAUUGACAGGUGUUGUCAAUUUAGUGAUAAAUACUAGAGAGUACAGUGACUUUCAAGCAUUUACCAUCGUUGUGGGGUACAUGACUAUCAAUAUCCUCGUGGUUAGUUAUUUGUAUGCCAAAGGCAUACAGCUGAAGUUUUAGAUAUUUUUUUUAAUAGAAAAACAUUUCCUACUGAAUCCUUAAAUUCAUUAAAGAUUUGACAUUCCGACCAAUAGAUUUUAAGUAUUGCACUGAUUCCAAGUCUCUUAUUAGCUUUUAAGUAGAUUAUAGCAAUUUUAAAUACACACUGUGUUAUUAUUAAUAAAUUAUGAUCAUAAUGAUAUAAAAUUGUAGUAGGUACAUUAUUUUUUGUUAAAAUAUACAGCAUUGUUCAAACAAGUUGAGGUAGUUAGGGUAAUCAGGGUUAAUUAUAAAAAAUAUACCAUUAAUUUUAUUGUUUAUUUUUGGAUAAAGACUUCUUGUUUAUGGCAAAGCUGAUGAUUAUGAUUAUUAUUAAAAUCACUGGUAACCACUUAGAAUAACCGUUACUUUAAAAUCACUG